GUAAUUUACUCCAACUAGUCGGUCUACUAAUCAUUUUUCAAAAAAAAAUAAAAAUGAAAAAAAAUACAUAAACUGGGAAUGGACCAACUGUCCAAAUCUCUCUUGUUAGCUUAGCCCUCCCUCCCCCAACAUCAUCUCACCAUUUUCCUUCUUCUCUCUGCCUCUCUUUCUCUCUCUCUAUAUAAAUGCACACCUAUUCAUUGUUGAUUGAUCAAAUAAACCAGAGUAUAUAUACAUAUAUAUAGAUAGAUAUAUACAGAGAGAGAAACAAAACGGGAACAAUGAAGCAACAAAACAAGCACCAGCAGCCGCAGAGCUUAUCAUCAUCUGAAGCAGUCUCAUCCUCGUCGUUAUCAUCAUCAGAUCAAUCGCAGCCGUCCCUACAUGUGACAUCGUCGACGGCGAGAACGCAAUCUGGAAAGCCGGUGUUGUCGAUACCGGCGGCGGAGGAUCCGGCGGUGUCCCGAGACGGCGCGGGUGGACAGGAAUCGGUGACGGUGGAGCGGCGCGGCGAGUUUGGGGCGGUUUGUAAAUGGAGUGUCUUCAAUUUCCCCAAGGUGAAAGCUAGGGCACUGUGGAGCAAGUACUUCGAGGUCGGUGGUUACGAUUGCCGACUCUUGCUGUAUCCAAAGGGUGACUCCCAAGCGUUGCCUGGUUACGUCUCAAUCUACCUCCAAAUCAUGGACCCUCGAGGUACCUCCUCGUCUAAAUGGGACUGCUUCUCCAGCUACCGCCUCGCAGUCGUGAAUUCCUUCGACGAUUCCAAGUCGAUUCAUCGGGAUUCGUGGCACCGAUUCUCGAGCAAGAAGAAGUCUCACGGCUGGUGUGAUUUCACGCCCUCCGGUUCGAUUCUCGACCCUAAGUCUGGAUUUUUGUUCAAUAAUGAUUCGUUACUUAUUACUGCUGAUAUACUGGUUUUGAAUGAAUCUGUUAGUUUUACACGGGAUAAUAAUGAAUUACAAUCGAAUUCUAUUUCAUCAUCGGUUGUGACCGGGCCUGUUGGUGAUGUUUUGAGUGGCAAAUUUACUUGGAAAGUGCAUAAUUUUAGCUUAUUUAGGGAUAUGAUAAAGACCCAGAAGAUAAUGAGCCCGAUGUUUCCAGCUGGGGAGUGUAAUCUACGAAUUAGUGUUUAUCAGAGUUCAGUUAAUGGGGUUGACUAUUUGUCAAUGUGUUUAGAGAGUAAAGAUACUGAGAAGACAUUGGUAAUGGAUCGAAGUUGUUGGUGUUUGUUUCGAAUGUCGGUGUUGAAUCAAAAGGGAUUUAAUCACAUGCACCGGGACUCGUAUGGGCGGUUUGCAGCGGAUAACAAAAGCGGGGACAAUACUAGUUUAGGUUGGAAUGAUUAUAUGAAGAUGUUGGAUUUUAUUGGGUCUGAGUCGGGAUUUUUGGUGGAUGAUACAGCUGUGUUUAGUACGUCCUUUCAUGUUAUUAAAGAACUCAGUAGCUUUUCCAAGAAUGGGGGUUUGAUUGGAGGAAGGAGUGGGAAUAGUGGAAGAAAGUCUGAUGGGCAUGUGGGGAAAUUCACCUGGAGAAUUGAGAAUUUCACAAGGUUGAAGGAUAUUUUGAAGAAGAGGAAGAUUACAGGGCUUUGCAUCAAGAGUAGGAGGUUUCAAAUUGGCAGUCGGGAUUGUCGCCUUAUUGUCUACCCGCGAGGGCAGUCUCAGCCACCAUGCCAUCUGUCAGUUUUUCUUGAAGUUACAGAUUCACGAAAUACUUCAAGUGAUUGGAGUUGUUUUGUGAGUCAUCGGUUGUCAGUUCUGAACCAGAGGGUGGAGGACAAAUCUGUUAUGAAGGAAUCUCAGAACCGCUACUCCAAAGUGGCCAAAGACUGGGGCUGGCGAGAAUUUGUGACACUGACCAGUCUAUUUGAUCAAGAUUCUGGAUUUCUUCUACAGGAUACUGUUAUAUUUUCUGCAGAAGUUCUUAUUUUGAAAGAGACAUCCAUAAUGCAGGAUUUUACUGAUCAGGACACUGAAUCGAGCAGUGCUGGUUCUCAGAUAGACGGAGUUGGGAAAAGGAGUUCAUUUACAUGGAAGGUGGAGAACUUCCUGUCCUUCAAGGAAAUAAUGGAAACCCGAAAGAUCUUUAGCAAAUUCUUUCAAGCUGGUGGAUGCGAACUUCGGAUUGGUGUGUAUGAGUCCUUUGACACCAUAUGCAUAUAUUUAGAGAGUGAUCAAUCAGCUGGCAGUGAUCCUGAUAAAAACUUUUGGGUCAGAUACAGGAUGGCUGUGGCGAAUCAGAAAAAUCCUGCCAAGACUGUGUGGAAGGAGUCUUCUAUAUGUACAAAGACAUGGAAUAAUUCUGUUCUUCAAUUCAUGAAGGUUUCUGAUAUGCUGGAGGCAGAUAUGGGAUUUCUUGUUCGCGAUACGGUUGUCUUUGUUUGUGAAAUCUUGGACUGCUGCCCUUGGUUUGAGUUUUCAGACCUAGAGGUUUUGGCUUCUGAAGAUGACCAAGAUGCUCUGACAACCGAUCCUGAUGAACUCAUAGAUUCCGAGGAAAGUGAAGGGAUAAGUGGGGAUGAAGAAGACAUCUUUAGAAACCUUCUUUCUAGAGCAGGCUUUCACCUUACGUAUGGAGAUAAUCCUUCACAGCCACAGGUCACUUUGAGAGAGAAGCUUCUCAUGGAUGCUGGUGCAAUAGCUGGUUUUCUAACUGGACUUCGUGUUUAUCUUGAUGACCCUGCUAAAGUGAAGCGCUUGCUUCUUCCAGCCAAGAUUUCUGGCAGUAAUGAUGGGAAGAAGGUUACAAAGACUGAUGGAACUCCCCCCAGUCUGAUGAAUUUGUUGAUGGAAGUUAAAGUUUUUCAUCCGGCAAUCAUUGAUAUACUUUUAGACAAAAUGGUUGACUGUUGCCAACCUUCAGAAGGAAGUUCUAAAGAUGAUUCAUCUGAUACAAAUUCCAAAUCAUCUCCAGAUGGCAGUGGAGCAACCAGUCCAUUGGAAUCUGAUCAUGGAAAUGGAGCAACAGAACCUUCACAGCUCCUUGUACAUAAUAGAUUGGAUUUUGGGAUAGAUGACAGCACCAAUGCAUCUGCUGUACAAAGUUCAGACACGAAUGGGAUUGAUACACCGGAAAAAGCAGUUCCUGGAGAGUCUAUUUGUACACCGGCGACUUCUGCUGCUAGUUCAUUUGAAAAUGCUACUCUUCGCUCCAAGACUAAAUGGCCAGAUCAGUCUGAGGAACUCCUGGGAUUGAUUGUGAACUCACUGAGAACACUUGAUGGAGCUGUUCCACAAGGUCGUCCUGAGCCAAGGCGAAGACCCCAGUCUGCACAAAAGAUUGCUCUUGUAUUGGAUAAAGCUCCUAAGCAUCUGCAACCAGACCUAGUUGCUCUGGUGCCCAAAUUGGUUGAGCAUUCAGAGCAUUCUCUUGCUGCUUGUGCACUUCUAGAUCGCCUUCGAAAGCCUGAUGCAGAACCUGCAUUACGAGUACCUGUUUUUGGUGCUCUUAGCCAAUUGGAAUGUAGCAGUGAAGUGUGGGAACGUGCUUUAUUUCAAUCUUUUGAACUUUUGGCAGAUUCGAAUGAUGAACCUCUUGCAGCUACUGUGGAUUUUAUAUUUAAAGCUGCAUUGCAGUGCCAACAUCUUCCAGAAGCUGUUAGAUCUGUCCGUGUCAGGCUGAAAAAACUGGGCACAGAUGUGUCUCCCUGUGUGCUUGACUACUUAAGCAGAAUGGUAAAUAGUUGUGCAGAUAUUGCUGAAUCUAUUUUGACAGAUAUUGAUUGCGACAAUGAUUUUGAUGAAAAUUGCUCAGUAAUGCCUUGUGGACUCUUCCUAUUUGGUGAAAGUGGGCCUACUUCUGAAAGAUUGCAUGCUGCGGAUGGGCAGGCUUUCCGUGCUAGUCAUCAUUUUUCUGAUAUUUAUCUCCUGAUUGAGAUGUUGUCUAUCCCUUGCCUUGCUGUUCAAGCCUCCCAAACUUUUGAGAGAGCUAUAGCUCAUGGGGCAAUCAUGGCUCAAUCAGUAGCCAUGGUAUUGGAAAGACGCCUUGCACGAAGAAUUAGUUUUGCUUCACAAUUUGUUGCUGAAAAUUUUCAGCAUGCAGAUGUGGUAGUAGAGGGAGAAACCAUUGAACAGCUGAGAGUCCAACAAGAUGAUUUUACUUCCAUUCUUGGUCUUGCUGAGACAUUGACCCUCUCUAGAGACCCCCGUGUGAGAGGAUUUGUGAAGCUACUUUACACUAUGUUGUUUAAAUGGUAUGCUGAUGAGUCUUAUCGAUUGAGAAUGCUGAAAAGACUUGUCGAUCGCACCACCAGCACAACGGAUAAUAGUCGAGAGGUAGAUUUAGAUUUGGAAAUUUUGGUAAUCUUGGUCUGUGAAGAACAAGAAAUUAUUAGACCAGUUUUGAUCAUGAUGCGGGAAAUUGCUGAACUUGCAAAUGUUGAUAGGGCAGCUCUUUGGCAUCAGUUAUGUGCUAGUGAAGAUGAAAUUCUUCGCAUUCGUGAAGAAAGCAAAGCUGAAAUUUCCAAUAUGGUUAAAGAAAAAUCUAAUAUAUCACAAAGGCUGAGCGAUUCUGAGGCUACUAACAGUCGUCUUAAGUCUGAAAUGAGGGCUGAGACGGAACGUUUUGCUCGGGAAAGGAAGGAGCUUUCUGAACAUAUGCAAGAAGUUGAGAAUCAACUUGAAUGGCUUCGCUUAGAACGUGAUGAUGAAAUUGCAAAGCUUGCUUCUGAGAAGAAAGUUCUUCAGGAUCGUCUGCAUGAUGCAGAGACACAAAUUUCCCAGUUGAAGUCCCGUAAACGUGAUGAGUUGAAGAGAGUGGUUAAGGAGAAAAAUGCUCUUGCCGAAAGAUUAAAGAGUGCUGAAACUGCACGCAAAAGAUUUGAUGAUGAACUGAAACGCUACGCCACAGAGAAUGUGACUCGAGAAGAAAUUCGGCAGUCACUUGAGGACGAAGUUCGAAGAUUGACACAAACAGUUGGCCAAACUGAAGGGGAAAAGCGUGAGAAGGAAGAACAGGUCGCCCGAUGUGAAGCUUAUAUUGAUGGGAUGGAAUCCAAAUUGCAAACCUGCCAGCAAUAUAUUCACUCCCUUGAGGCUUCACUUCAGGAAGAAAUGUCGCGACAUGCCCCUCUAUAUGGUGCAGGCUUGGAAGCUCUAUCGAUGAAUGAGUUGGAUACACUGUCCCGCAUCCACGAAGAAGGGCUCAGACAGAUUCAUGCCCUUCAACAGCGUAAAGGGAGUCCAGCCGGCAGUCCUCUUGUGAGCCCUCACUCCCUCCCACACUCUCAUGGGUUGUAUCCUGUUGCACCACCUCCAAUGGCCGUUGGAUUGCCCCCUUCUCUCAUCACAAAUGGUGUUGGGAUCCACAGCAACGGGCAUGCGAAUGGUGCAGUCGGACCUGGGAUCCACAACAACGGGCAUGUGAAUGGUGCAAUCGGACCCUGGUUCAACCAUACUUAAACCCCCAAGUCACAGGCCCCUUUAGGUCUCAAUAUAUCUUUGCAUCGUCUCUGUGCAUUUUAGACUGGUAGGACUGUUGGGUUCAUUGUGGGGAAAAGGAAUAAUACAUCAUCUCAAUGCACAUUGUGUUUGAGGAAGUGGAUCCAAUCAAAAGGUGAGUCCAAUAGAAAUAACAGUCGCAAAUGCCGCAAUUUAUGCAUUUUUUUUCACUUAGAUUUAUCAAAGGCAUUUAGAAAAGUUUUGUUUACUUAGCUUUAGCUUUUUAAUGGUCUUCAAUUGAUUAAUUAAUUAAUUAUUCUCUUGGUAUUC